CUUGCAGUUCUCCAAUCGAAGCGCAAACCUCCCAAACCCUCCCUCCCGUCAUGCGAAUAAGCACACUGUCGGCGGUCGCUCAGCACGGAAAUACACAUAAAAAGUCUCUCUAUUGGCCAGAAGAGACACUAGAGAGAGCCUCAGAUCCUCGAUGAAGUCUACAAGAUUGCAGAAAAAAAGGUCAAUUAGAGGUGCUGGGUCACUGGCAUGCUGAUCCGGAGAUGAUCUGGUUCGACCGGCAAAAAUCAGGCGCACACUAGGACUCAAGGACGCUGAACGGAGCAGCCGCGCCCUGUGCAUCACGAUGUUCAAAAAGUAUCUCCCUGUGAUGAUGCUCACCGAGAGGGAGUUCCUCGCCGCGUGGUGGCAAAUGGUAAAGUGCCGUCGCGCCCUCUGGGAAAGGGGUGUACAUCACUGCAACGUCAGUCUCAGCAAUAUCAUGGGAUACCACUCACAUGGUCAAUUCAUAGGCGUUCUCAAUGACUACGACCUUAUCGUCGUUUUACCUUCCUCCUACAUACCACCUACUAUGAAUUGCAUUUAUGCCAUAUUGUAAUCCUUUCGUUCGACAUGUAGUACUCUUCUUCCAUUUCUUCGCGGUAAGAUUGGGC